AUGGCAUUGUGUCCUAAACCAUACACUUUUGAAAAACAUUUUGCAGCUUCUUCAAGGCCAUCGUCACAUAUCAAUACCAACGGAAGAGGUGCCUCUAAACGUGGAUGUGAUUUUUUAUAUCCAUCUACUACGGCAAAUAAAAGGAUUUGUUUGCAACAAUCACGCAGAAAUGAUUUUGAAUUGGCGGACCAGGACUUGGACAACAACAAGUACUAUUCGUCAUCAUCAGAUGAUGCUGAUUCUGAGGAUGAACAAUCAUGCUACAAUGCUGAUCAAAUAAGGGCCAAGAGAAGAGCUUCUACACGUGCCUCAUUUUCAAUUGAUCCAAAGUUAUCAAAGGCAAUUUCACAAUAUAGUGAUGAUGAAGAUGAAGACGAAGAUCAGGUGCGAGAAAGGUAUUACAACACCAAAGUCAAGAGUCCAUGCUGUUCACGUCGUACUUCAGACUCUUCGAUCAAGAUUUUAAGAUCUGAAGAUGAAAUUGAGAAUUUGGAUUGCAAAUUGGCUUCGAGUCCUGUCAAUAGCAGUUUGUCUUUGAAGAAGAUGCUUGUUGGUGGUGGCAAUGAAUGUGACGAUGACGACGACGACGAAGAGGAAGAAGAGAGCGACUCCAACAAUCAAUCAGUUGCUAUUGCUGAUAGAAAUGCCAGAGCUAGAUGUUUUGAAUAUUUAGUUGGAGCUAUUGACGAAGCAUGGGCAAGAUAUUGCGAUGCUACUGCUUAUGUCGAAGAUGAAGUACAUGGUUAUAUCACCCCAGCUUCACUUGCAUCUGGCGACGAUGAUGAGGAAGAAGAAGAUGACAAUAAAGAAUUGAUGAAUGUUAAAUGUCGCCUUUUAAAGUCAAAAGAUUUUCUUCAAGACCAUAUUGAAUCAUUUGAUAUGAAUGAUGUCAAGAAAUUCUGGCAUCGUUGGGAUAUAACCAAGUACCAAAUGUUGGAUGUUAUGGAAGACGAAGAUGAUGUUUUGGAAGAACUUGAAUCUGGCCGCAGAAUCUUUUGA